GUGUAUUUCCGCAAACAAUAAGCGGUCCAGGUUUGCAGAUUUUUGGCAGCUUAUGCCGGCAGUGUUCAACGUAGUGUCGUGACGGGAACGAGAACCGUUCGGGUGUGUGGGGCUGGUGCACGAAUAGGGAACUUGUUUCCGAGGAAGGAGGAGUGCUUGGUUGAUUAUUUUUGCCGGUUAAAGUCUUGAUUUAUUGCGGAGCUCAAAUACUUGGAUGCAGAAUUAUAAUUGGAUUAUACUUGGGAAUACGAAUAUUGCACUGUGUCACGUUUGGCCAUGGCAAGAAACAGGAAGUUAUCCAUAACAAUCAUAACGGUGGCGCUUGCAAUCGCCUGCACAUAUGCCACAGAUGAGCAACCGAAGAAACAUCGCACGGCCCGGCUUGUACGCGAGUUUCCUCAAAACAUCGGUGGACGGUUUCAAACGAUCGAAUACCCGUCGUACAACAUACCAAAUCCUUACGGUCCCGGUACUUACGCAUUUGGGUAUGAAAUAGAAGACCCUAUCUCCGGGAAUGUGCAAUUUCGCGACGAAGAAAAGUUGCAGAACGGUACCGUCAGAGGAUCGUACGGCUACCUGCAACCGGAUGGAAGUGUGGUGAUCACACGGUUUGUGGCUGAUUUGUAUGGUUAUCGUGCCAAUACGGAGAUCAAGCGAUCUGACGGUCAACAUUUGACAACCAUUCCGGUUCAGUUACCCUUGACGGAAGGAAAUUCUAUAGAGUCGAACGUUGCAGCAGCAGCAGCGAAUUCGUACCCUUCACUGAGUGCUCCUCCGACGUACAAUCCAGCACUGAAUCCAAACUAUAUUGAUCCUCAGUACACUGCUGCAAUACUUAACAACAUCAAGAACCAACAGUACUAUCCAUCCCAAGGAUUGCUGCAGUAUCCCUAUGGUAUUCCUUCACAAACGCUGUACGAUGCACCCUCGAACGGAAAUAUAUUCACCAAUUUCCUAGGCCAAAUACCUUCGAACUUUUAUCCAUCGAACUUGUACAGUAACCUGCAAACCAAUUUUCCCGCCAUUCUGCCCCAGGAUAAUCCUUUCAAUACACUGUCAACAAAUUUCCAAAAUGGUUACCAACAGUUCACCCAAAAUAAUCCAUUCGGAAACUUCUUCAACACAGCUCAGUCACAGUUUCAGCAAUAUUACCCGCAGAACAAUCCCCUCGCUGGGUGGCUAAACCCGAAUCAGUUGCAGAAACCGUUGUAUCUUCAACAGCAACAGUAUGUUGGCAACCGUCCCGGAACUGGCGUGUACGGAGAUACGGGUCUUCCGGCCGGUGUCUACAGUGACAUGCCAUUGCCUUCGAUGGGUAUGGCCGGCAUGCUGGGAAACCGAAUACCCACAACCAAACGACGGGGUAUUACGACUACUAGGAGGAAGAAUGGCUACAAAACGCGAGAUGGCACUGAAGAUUGGUUGGAUGAUUUUCUGGAAAGCCGAAAGCGGGAAGUGAUCUACGGAAUGACCACCACGACCACCACAACGCCCACGGUGGCCACCACGACGGGACGAAGCUGAGAGGGUUGAUCGAUGGGAGAAUAUUUAUUAGAGUAUUUAUUUCGUAUUUAUUGAAUGCUGGAACGCUGGAGCGGAGUCAGUUUGGCGAUGUCAUGUCAUUAACAGUUUUCCAUGUUUUUGCUUGAGUACAUCGAGAUAAUGUGAAAUAUCGAUAAUAUUAAUCAAAUUAAGAUAAAAUUUAAUAAUAAAACCUAACUGAUAACUGAUAA